CAAAAGUCUGACAUUUGAUAAGUCAUGAGCCAUUUCUUUCGUGUCAGCUUCGCUCGCCUUGAAAUCAUGUUUUGUUAUUGAAUACUUUUGUGACGCUUAUUAGGUAGAAAUAGCCCUGACGCUGUCAGAAUCCGGGAAACGCUUUAGAACUCCGGGGAAAGUAACGCAGUAGCCAUGAACGGACUCAGUUUCAGUGAGUUGUGCUGCAUGUUUUGUUGCCCGCCAUGUCCAGGGCCGAUAGCCGCGAAGCUUGCGUUCCAGCCUCCGGAGCCAACGUACAAGUUGACUUCCGCAGAUGACACCAAUACCAAGUAUAACAUCCACUUAUCGGACCGGGCAGAGUGGCAGUACUCGGAGCGAGACAAAAGCAAGGUGGAGGGCUUCUUCACGAGGACUUCGCGCGGCAACCUGAUCACCUGCAUCUUCGUCAAGUGCAGCAAGAGCGCCAAGUACACGUUGCUCUUCUCCCACGGCAACGCUGUGGAUCUGGGUCAGAUGAGCAGCUUCUACUUGGGGCUCGGAGCGCGCAUCAACUGCAACAUCUUCAGCUACGACUACUCGGGUUACGGAAUGAGUGGCGGUAAGCCAUCCGAGAAGAAUCUGUACGCAGACAUUGAGGCUGCGUGGCAUGCGCUGCGCAAUAGGUUCGGAACGAGUCCGGAAAAUAUAAUCCUCUACGGCCAAAGCAUAGGCACAGUGCCGACUGUGGACUUGGCCACAAGGCACGAGGUAGGCGCUGUGAUCCUCCAUUCGCCCUUGAUGUCGGGUAUGCGAGUGGUUUUCCGAAACACGAAGAGGACGUGGUUCUUCGACGCAUUUCCAAGUAUUGAUAAGGUUUCCAAGGUGAAAUCACCUGUCCUGGUGAUCCACGGAACCGACGAUGAGGUUAUAGACUUUUCACACGGCAUCGGUAUCUACGAACGGUGUCCAAAGGCUGUUGAACCGCUUUGGGUUGAGGGCGCGGGACAUAAUGAUGUUGAACUUCAUGGUCAAUAUUUUGAUCGCCUUAGAAAAUUCCUAAAUGUAGAACUAGUCAAAUGACAAUUAAAGAGCCAGCCAAAUCCGGGACAAGCGGGAACUGCUAAAGAGGACAAUGACGCUUCAACAUCCAGUUCCGUGUCAACAAAGGCUUUGGCUGAAAAACUUCUCUAGCAUAAGGGGCCCGGCUUUUGUGCCGUCUCCUAUUCAUUCAAGAGCUGCACCACCACCACCGUCACUACAUCUAACAAAAAAUUGCCCUC